GUUUAGUCGUGUCUGUUAGAACCGACUGUACGGAUAAAAAUCCGUAAACAGCCGUUAUAUGGAGUGACACUACGAGCACCAAAGAGCAUUCGCCACCUCAGAAACGCUUAAACGUAUGUUGAAAGCGUUUACGUUGAGUUUUGUCGUAAUUUCCCUGCGAACACCAUGUCUCAAAGAGUUCGCAGGAACGUAUCUCCGACGUCCAGCUGCAGCGGCGUGACCGCGGGAAGCUCAACCGGAUCCACGGGGCUCAGCACCGCUGGAGUGAGUUUACUGGGUCGCCUACUGCCCAUGAAAGCCACUGUUCCGUUCCAGCUGAAACCGCAGCAACAGCACCCUCUACAGACACGGACGGCGCUCACCGCCGGUAACGGUAAAUGCCACAGCAGCGGAUGUGAUCCACACGGAACCCACAGCCGGAGCCCCACGCGAUCCCUUUACUCCAACGCCUCAAACAGUUCUGCAGCUACAGCCUCGGUGGCAUCAUCCGUUCCCUCCUCAUCAGCUUCAUCAUCAAGAACUAGCCCCAUAAUCGCUGUUCACGUGACUCCGCCGAACGCGAGAGCGCCCCACGCGCAGGUACCUGUGCCGCCGCCACCACCAUCAUCAUUCUCAUCAUCAUCGUCACCUUACACAGGUGUGCAUGUCAACCCCCAGUGUUGCUCUCCCUCCCAACAGAUCAGCUGCAUCACGGACAGUUCAGGCCCCCUUACCUCUAAUUUAUCAGCCUCUCCGUCUUCAUCCUCCUCUUCCUCAUCAUCAUCAUCUUCCUCGUUGUGGUCUUGUGGCCACCGGUCCAAACCCCUUCAGCCCCCUGAACAUGACAGACUCUCUCCAGAGAGACUGAGUCCCAGCUCGCCUGUUUGCAAAGAAAAGCCUAGACUUCCUGUGGCAGGGUCUUGGUCUACCACCAGCAUCAACAGUAGCAUUCGUCGUACCUCGUCUUUGGAUGCGCUAACAGCCCCCUACCUGUCUGGACACUGGCCCCGGGAUGCCAACCACGCACUUUGUGUCCCGUGCAUGAGGGAUAAAUCUACUCAGACCCCCAGCGCCUGGACGGAUGAAUGUGGAGAGAAGAAGAGGGGCUGUCACAAACGCUCAGCCUCCUGCGGCAGCACUGACCAUCUUAAAGAGAUUGUGAAGUUGAGGCAGCAACUCCAACGCAGUAAACACAGUAGCCGUCACCACCAUGACAAAGACCUCAAAUCUCCCUUCAAUGGCAACUAUGCUGCUAUUAACCAAUCACAGGCUCCUAUUCCAAAGAGUGUCCUGAUCUCAGUCCCCAUCUCCAAGUCUUCCGUCUAUCGUUUCCGGAACAGCGUGGAAGGGCUGAAUCAGGAGAUCGAGGGCAUCGUUAUCCGAGACACAGGAGACAGAGAGGAGCAGCUUAUUCCUCCGGAGGCUCCAGACGGGCACCGGGCUCCUCUUCCCCUUUGCCAACGUAGCCCCAGCUCCCGCAGCAUUGACACACAGACACCCCUGGGCAUCUCAGCUGGCAGUAACCAUAGCAACAGCAGCAGCCGUUCUCCGUCUAUCUCACCCAUGUUCCUGAAUGUGCCCAGCGAGCCCUUCAUCGAUAGUCCAUCUUCCAACGAGGACGAGACACUGACUGAUGGCUGUGAGAAAGAUUUGGCCCCCAGCUCACCACUACCCAAAUACGCCUCAUCCCCCAAGCCAAACAACAGCUACAUGUUCAAACGCGAGCCACCUGAGGGCUGUGAGCGAGUCAAGGUCUUCACAGAAGAAACACAGGCCAGGCCUCCACGUGAGAUUCCACAAUUCCUGUGCCCAGAUAGAAACAAGGUCAACUUCAUCCCCAAGAGCGGCUCUGCCUUCUGCCUGGUCAGCAUUAUCAAACCACUGAUGCCCACACAGGAACUCAACAACGUCAAGAAUCAGGCCAGCGCCCACCUCACGCCAGAACCUGAACACCGAGUCUCGCUAAGAAGUUGCAUGCUUUCGCAUCAGUCCUCGGGCUCCUCGCCCUCCUCCUGCCUGUCAGAGAGUUAGACACGCCCCCUCAAACAAGUCUCCACAAACUCAGCACAUUUUUAAUAAUCGCACAUGACAAAAUGUGUUUGACUCUCAGAGAACAAAGCAAUUAUUAAUAACCAAUGGCUUUUGUUGGCUGACGCCUGCUUAUAUUUGAUGAGAAUAUGAAAUGGUUGCCUAUUCCUAUGCAGCUUUUUAAGUAUGAUCUUGAUCUUGAAAAACAUAUUUAGCUUUUUAUUAUUCCUCUACCUUAGAUAUGAGUGAAACUAAGAAUGUGUCUCAGAUCACAGAAUACACACACAAACUCUUAGGAAUCUGAUCUGAAUUGCUUUGUUAAAUAUUCAAUAGCGAGGUGGCUACAUAGGUUAGUUUUUGUGAGACAUUUAUGUAUAUUUUAUAAUAGUUUGCAGUGGAUCACUAUUAUCUUAUUGGACCAGCACAUCAUUUAAUACAAAUGAUGAUUCCUUAAUCAUAAAAAAGAGACCAAGAGACCUUGUAUUUUGAGUCUGGAUUGAUGAAGGUCUCUCUGAAUCAUUUUCAUAGUUGCAGGUCUUCUUUUUUCAGUCCAGUCCAGACAAUAGGGACAACAGGAGAGACCAGGUCUCUGCCUUUCUCCUUUUCCUGGCAGUGAGGAGACAGAAAGGUCCUAAAGAUAAGAAUUGAGAGUGAGAGAGAUCUGCUUAACGGAUCACCAUUGAAGACUGCCAGUCAACUACAGGAUAAGUGGCCUGCAAACCUGAUUCUUUUGUUUGCAUAGCUGUAAAAUGCAUUACAAAUGCAUAUGGGUCCAAACUCUGAACUUCAAACCAGCAGGGAAAAAGUGCGAGAGGGAGAGGAGGCUAUGGCAGGAAUCUGGGUGGACAGAUUAGAUGUUUUCUCAACUCGCACAAUGAUUAAGCAGAUUUAGCUUGAGGGAUGUUUGAAAAAAGGGCAUGGCAAAAGAAAAAAAUAAUAAAUAAAUAUCCAGGGACCUGGAAUUUUAAAUGCUAGUUUACAAUUCAGAUAUAUAUCCAAACAUUAAUGUAAUGUUUCCGAUGAUAUACAUUGAAAUCGUUUACAAAGUCAGAGCAAAGUAUUGUCACAUUUGUCAUUAUAAUGAUUUGUCUCUGUGUGUGCAUUCUGGGGAAUUCUGUGUUUGUCACCAAGAUUCACUCAAAUAAAAAUUGCUCUGGUUUUCUCUACGUUUCAGUGUCUAAAUGUCAUUUGAGGUGUCUAGGGUCCUUUUCAUUUUCAUUUUUCCAUUUUAAUUGACCUUUUGUAUUGCUAUCCUUUCCAAACACUCCUUGAAGAGCGUUUAAGCUUUUUGCAGAUUUUUUGGAAGUACAAAAAAUUUUAUGUCAAUACUGUCUGAUAAGAGGUUGCUGCUUUAUGCUGCUCACACAAGUGCUUUUGUAGAUUUGGCCAAAGAGAACAUUUCCUGUGGGUCAGUGACGGUCAUUGUAGAUGAAAGACAUUGAAAGAUAAGGUCAGUUAAAGGGGCUUUAACUUAUACAUUUUUUAACUAUUUUAAAAUUUGAGGUUCACUUAUAAUAUAUAAAAAUGUUUCUUGUCACACAAAAAAAAACAGUCAUAUAUUUGUAUAACAUGAUCAUUUUCCACCCUCACUCUGAUCAUCUGCCAGAAAAACGCUCCGUUUUGGUGCUGCUUCUCUUUUAAGACAUGACAGUAAACACCCACUGUUAUGAUUUGCUCUCUGCUCUUGAUUGAUCUGCUCUCUUCUCUUGCCAUCUCACUGCUUGGCUCAGACAUAAUAAGGUAAAGUAGGCGUUGAUGUGUUGUGGAGGCGUUCAGAUGCAAAUAUCUACAGUGUGACAUCACAAUGUGAAGGAAGUAGAGAACGAGUCAUUUUGACAGCUUGAUUUCAACAAAUGCUCUUUUUGUAGUGAUAAGGAAGUUUUGAGUUCUGAAACUUACAGUAUGCUUUUAUAGUACAAUGAACUCUUAUGUUAAAAGAUCAAGGAAAAUGUGAUUCCUCAUGUCAUGACCCCUUUUAAACAAAACAACAGAGCCAAUAGAAUGUUGUGUUAUUCAUUUACAGGAGUAAUACAAUUAGGCCUUUCAGCCUGAAUCUCAGAAGUGCUUUUGGAAAGUUGUCAGAGUUGUUUACAGGCCACAAGACUGUCUGCCUGCAUUUCCCACUAGCAGCUUGGCUUGUGACAUCUCUCACUCAUGUUCUUUGAGCUGCAUGCAGGGUGGGUGGGGUGCAUGUUUGCAGAGUUCCUGUUCUUUUGUUCAACAUUGUAGGUAUUAUUUUGAGCUUUAGACAAAAUACAACAUGAAGCUGUAAUAUUUUAGCACUUUUACAAAUCAUUUAGGGCAUCUUCUCGUAGUCUGUCUUUGGACUGAAAAAAGCUCACAACCUAAUGUAGAUCAGAUCUCAGGAAUGUAAAAGCGGUAAUCUCUUCUGGCAACAACACAAGAAUUUGAGCAUUUCUCGCUUGAACACAAAUUGAUUGAUUUAUCAGCUGCUUUGUAUAUCUCCUUAGGAUAUGUAUUGAAGUAGAGGACUCUCCCACCAAAGGGCCAAUAUUAAUAAACUUUUAUAUGGAAGUGGCCUUAAUUUUCUCUUUCAAAUAAGUAUGGCAUCUAGUCCGUAAGAGGGAGAGGCGAAUCAGUGAAGUGGCAGUGCUGCUGUCAAAUAUUACCAAUCCAUAUGUAGAGUACAACUUACUGGUCAAUGAUGUAUGUUUGAAUACAGUGUUUUAUGCUGUCUGUCUCAAUGGAUUUUUCAGGAUUUGUCAGAUGUUUUUCAUUUUACACAUUGAAGUCUCCAGUGUUAUGCCCAUAUAAGACUCAACAAAAUAAAGUUGCACUCU